CUGGCAGCCAGGCCCCGCCCCUCCCUGCCCGGAGCCUCAUAAAGACCAGCCCGUGGCGCUGAGGCCUGAGCCCUAAGCCUGCCACACCAGCUGCACCAUGGCCAUGACGCUGGGUUACUGGGACAUCCGCGGGCUGGCUCAUGCCAUCCGCCUGCUCCUGGAAUACACGGACACCAGCUAUGAGGAAAAGAGAUACACCAUGGGGGACGCUCCCGACUAUGACCAAAGCCAGUGGCUGAGUGAGAAAUUCAAGCUGGGCCUGGACUUCCCCAAUCUGCCCUACUUGAUUGAUGGCACUCACAAACUCACCCAGAGCAACGCCAUCCUGCGCUACCUCGGCCGCAAGCACAACCUGUGUGGGGAGACGGAAGAGGAGAAGAUUCGCGUGGACAUUCUGGAGAACCAGCUGAUGGACACCCGCAUGCUGCUGGCCACGCUCUGCUACAGCCCUGACUUUGAGACGCUGAAGCCGGAGUAUCUGGAGGGCCUGCCUGAGAAGCUGAAGCUGCUGGCUCAGUUCCUGGGGAAGCGGCCCUGGUUUGCAGGGGACAAGAUCACCUUUGUGGAUUUCAUUGCUUAUGACGUCAUUGAAAGGAACCAGGUGUUUGAGCCGCGGUGUCUGGACGCGUUCCCCACCCUGCAGGAGUUCCUAGCCCGCUUUGAGGGCCUGGAGAAGAUCUCUGCCUACAUGAAGUCCAGCCGCUUCCUCCCAAGACCUUUGUUCACCAAGAUGGCCACGUGGGGCAACAAGUAGGGCCAUGAGAGGCCAGGAGACAGGAGGAGCC